CUGACUGUGUGGCCAACAUGCUAAGUACUAGGCCACUUUCCUGCAAUUUCCAGUAUGAAUCUAUUUCAUAAAUAGUUUAAAAUAUCAAAUAUGCAUUUUUAAACAUUUAUAAUACAUUUGUUUUUAUUAUCGAAUUUAUUAUUAUUAUUUAAUGUAUUAUUAAUUUCCGCAUAUACCCCCCCCCCAUUUACACCGUGAAAGUGGCAUAAAUGGCACCAAUCAAGUCAAAGCAGUUUGCGGUGUCCUCUAAGGGGCAGCAGUGCACGACUCAGCAAAACACGGACUCGCCGCCUUGGUUUAUAAACGAAGAAGAAAUUGACCAAUAGCAAUGCAGCCAUUUCUGUUUUUGAAUGAUACGCGGUUGUUGACAGUUUCACAGCCGUUUCCCAGGACUCCAUGAUGUCAAGUCAAAAUGUGGAAGGCUCGCCUUCCAGGAGAUGUGGAGACCGUCCUCCACUGAGAAGUGUGGAGAAUGCAGAGCAGAAUCUGUCACCUUCAUCCCUAAGGCACAAGUCAAAAUCACUGUUUAACGCCACAAAGAAGGAUGUCUCUCUUAUUCUGCACUCUCCUGCAUCAGCCAAUAUCACACAUCCCACUGGUGCCACGACUGAAAUGACCUCCUGCAUGCUAGGAGAUGUCACUUUUAAAUCCUUCAUCUGCUCUGGCGGUGAAGUUGAGCUUGUCCAGUCUUCAUGGUGUGUGGGAGGCGACGACGAGAACAGCAUUGGGUUGCAUCAGGACCAGCAAACUGUGUCUUACACAUGCGAAAAAGAUGACACCAUUGCCAGUGAGCUUGUGUCAUCGUGUGGCGACCACACGGAACACCCCUACUGCCGCCCCGCUAAUGCUGAUGUCGGUGACGAUGUGGCUGUCGCUUGGAAGCCCUUUGCUUGCGAUGGCGGCGAGGUGGAGGUUUUGAAUGCCACCGCUAGCGUACUGGAUGCAAGCAUUCCUCUCCCUGCUGGAGAUCUCGUACAAGACAACAGCAUCGACUCCAGCAACAUCUUCGACUCUAGCCAGUUGGGUCCGGCAGCAGAGCAUGUGGAUCAUCCCUACUGUAACCAUGUAGGUGGUGCAAAACCUGGUGUGGUCUGUGACAUGACCUUCAAGACAAUGUGCACUGGGGCUGAGGCUGAAAUCCCAAACGCCACUAAAACAUCCGAGGCGACGCUUCCUUUGCCAGGUGACGAUAUUCCAACAAGUACCGAGCCGGUCAUUACUCAAGAUCAGCUGUGCGUUAAUCAUUUGGAGCACCUACACUGUCAUUUGGACCAUGAUGACCCGGUAUCAUGUGGUGAAGAAAACUGCAGCCUGGAUCCGCUUAACAGUGAGGCUUGUGGACAAGCGACAAUGAGAAUUCCAGGUGUGUUCACCCAACUCCUACAGACGAACAAGGAACAUCUUGCACAAGAUCCUAUUCAAAAGAGCUCCUGCCAAGAUCUUGACUUCUUCCGUACAACGCGUGCAUUCAACAAGACUAUGACGAUUGAUCCAGUUUGUUUAGAGAUGCCAGAGAAACUCCUGUCACACCGUGAUGGCAGCCCACUCUCUGACCUCGGCACCCUUGGGUCCCUAGAAGUGUUUGCUACGCCCUCUGAGGUAAGCGAGGCAAAGGACAGCACUCUUGGGUCAUCUGAGAAUCAACCACCCCUUCCAAAUUGUGCAGAUAAACGUCUGGGUGAGACACUCCCCGAUGUUCUUAAAGUCCUUUCAGAGUGUCCCUCUGUAGCCUCAGUGGCUCUGCAGCUCAUCAGUCCUGCACGACGAGCAUCCCUAUCCCUGCUGAUGGCCCACAGGGAUUCUGCCGACGAUUCUGCCCUUGAGAAGACCGUGGUGGCUCAAGAUAGUCCACACUUGGCUGGUUUGUGGGCGGACCCCUUGGAGAGCCCCAUGCCUCGCCCCCUCUUCAACUCCACCACCCUGUGCAGCAAAUUCCAUCAUGGUACAGUUCUAGAACCAAAUGAGGAUUUCAGUAGGAAGCCCUGUGUGGUCCCCCAAUCAGGCGUGCAAGUGUCAGAUCUUCCCGGUGGGCCAAUCAUUCCGGAGGGUCCACUGCAGCAGCAACUACAGCAGAUGGCAGAGUUCCUCAUCCUGGUGUCAGGGAAGGUGGGCCUCACUGCACCUCCUUCUGCUGCUGCUCCGCCACCUCUUCCUCCCUCUGUAAAAUCCCGCAGCGCCUGUGUGGGCAGCAGCCCUGUGAAAAUGUUGGACCAGGGUCUCAACACAUCGGGACAGUUUGAGAGGAAGAGGAACUUCUCCUCAGCGGACGCAUGCAGUCUCACCGAUCCUCUCCUGUGGAAUUACCCUGUCUUUUGGUCCUCUGGUGGACAGAAGCAGCAUCGCAGCCAUUUCUACAACGUCCCCCCAGGUAGCCUGGAAUGCCUCCCAAGAGAGGAGUUGGAGCAGAGGCUGAGGUCCAGCAUGGUCAUGGUGGAGGCCUUGGUGCAGCAGCUGGCGGUGGCCAGAGCGCAUGGACGUCCCUCCAUGGGCCCGCUGCCGUCAGAGCUGCGGGACAAGCUGGUGCAGACGGACCACACUGAACUCAGUCAGACCACCAUGUACAGAGACCUCUACAUGGAGGCGUUGAACAGGAUUGGCCACUUGGAGCAAGACGGGGCUUCCCUUAAUGAACUUAUCCAGUAUAUGCAGGACAUGCGGGUCACCAUGAUGUCGACUGCAAGCGACACUGAUGCAGCUCUCUCAAACAUGAAGCACAUGGAGGAGCUCGUCCGACAGGAUCACAGCAGCCUUGUUGCGCAUUAUGAAGAGAUGAAGUUCUUAUGUAUAAAGUCAAAGGAGAUGCAGAGCCGAAUGAUGCAGAAGGUCAAAGACGAGCUUCAGCAAAGAGACCAGAUGAGGACGCAGAUGGACAAAGCCUUCACAGCCAAGGAGGCCGCCUUCAGAACAGUGGAGCAGCUCAGGAGUCAUUGUGCCAACGAAAUGGCGUCCCUGCAGAGGAGCAUCGGCUCUCAGCAAGAGCUCCUGGCUGCCCUCAACGCCACCUUCCCUGAGCAGGUUGCCUUAAAUGCGAGCAACACCGAAACACUGAACUCUGCUUCGGAUCUUCUGUGUCAAACCAUACAGGAACAGUCCAGCUUGAUGAAAGAACUGCACGACGUCAGGAACCUCGUGCACAGGACAGCCCCCGUCCUGAUGACGUUGAAGGAGAAGGCGGCGGAUGCUUUGGGAGAGAGAGACGAGCACAUGUCUGCACGAGACCGAGCUUUGGAAGACAAAGAGCAGUUGGAGGAGGAGCUGAGGCAAGCUCAGUUAAAUCUUCAAGCUGCUGGAGAACAGAUUGCUGAUUUAAAUCUACAGGUUACAAUUUUGACCUCAGAGAUGGGAGUGCUGCGUCAGAAGCUAACAGAGUGUGACGAUGAGCGAGGUCAGUUGGAAAGGAAAGUGACGGAGAUGUCGGCCACCGUGUCCUCCACGAUGGCUGCGCACACCUUCCUCGAGCACGCCCUGGCUGAAGAGACCUCCAAGUUGCUGCAGGCACAAAGCGACACAAGCCACGCCCAAAACAGAGCAGACCAGUUUGAGACAUCGCUGUACCAGGCGGAGCAGCGGGUCCAGGAGCUCGGGCAGACACUAUCUGAGCGUGAGGAGGAGCUUCGCAGUCUGCAGGUGCUCUUGCAGUCGCAGAGCUUGGAGAUCCAACAGAUGCAGGAUGUCCGCGCGCAGCUUGACGCCGAGAAGGAAAUGAAUGAGUUCCUGCUGAUGGAGAACGGGCUGGCCCGCGAGCACAUAGCUGAAAGUGAGAACAUGCUGAGGUCCAACCUGCAGGCUCUUCGGGAGAGGAAUUUCCAGUGUGAAGACCUGAAAACAGAACUCUCUCAACUACAGCUAGAAAGGAGGAGUGUGCAGGAUGAGCUGGAGGCCGUGCGGGCCAGAGCCAGUACGGUCCAGCUGAAACAGGGCGAGGAGCUUGCACGGGCAGUCACUGAAAUCACCUUGCUGCAUCACACUCUGCGAGGAGUCACCAACCAGCUACACAACGCCCUAGAGAAACCAGAUGCAAAUAAUCCCCAACCAGCUGUCAAAGUGGAACGUCGUCACCCGUCCACUUCAUUCGUGGACUGCGUCAUGGUUGCAUUAACUGCAGGGAAGGACGAAGAGGCACCGACCACGACACUUGUCAAACCCGUCCCCACGGACUCACCUCAGUCGCAGACUCAAGCUGUGUUCAGAGAGAAGAGCGCCUUCACCCGCGUCGGCAUCACUCUGAAACAGAACAAGGAGUUUGAGCCAGAGCCGGAGGAGGACCCGGGGGAGGAGGAGCAACAGAGCAAUGCACUGGAGCUGCUGGCUCACCUGAGCAACACCAUCACAGAGCUCGUCACCACCCUCGAGGCUGUGCAGCAGCAUAAGGAUGCUCGGGCAGAGGAACUGCAGAGCAACAUUUGUAACCUGGAGAUGGCGCUGCAGUUCGCAAACAGCCAGCACGAGUCAGAGAUGUUUGAGGUGAAGGAUCAGUUGAACCGCAUGACCACUCUGAUGGAGAGAGGCAACCAAGCUCUGCAGCAAAAAGCUGAGGAUGAGAAGAUGAUCAUAAAGUUGAUGGCAGAAAUCAACGAGGCCCAGGAGCUCAUGACCAAACUCAAGAGUGAUUAUAAUGAGUUGCGGAAGGAGGCAGUGGAGCUGCGUCGCUCUCUGCAGCAGACGCAAACGGAGGCUCAACUCCUGCGGACCGAGCUGAGAAAAGCAGGUGGUCAGACGGCCAGCGAUGCUCACUUUAUGGACGAGAAGCUCCAUUUGUUGAAAGAGGUGGACAGACUGAAGGCAACCCUUCAAGAAGUAGAGCAGGCUCGAGGUAAACUGCUAGAAAAAGCCAAGCGACACCAAAUGAUCCACCAGAUGAACCAGCAGAAGAGCGAGAAGGAGCUCCACAUGUUGAACAACAUGAUCAAUAAAGUGAGAGAGACGUUGCUGUGUUUGCCCGACGUCGUGAAGAACUGUGAGCAUCUCCAGCAUCUCUUAGAAUAUUUAGGGUGAUGUGUUGCAGCUUUUGUGUUUGUUUUGUUACAUGCUGUUUUUAAGUGUUUUUUUCUAUCUUAUGUUCAAAUAAAAUAAGAAAAAAAUUACAUUUCUGAAUAUCUUCUGUAAUACCUUGCCAAUGCUUCUAACUUUAACAGAUUUUGAUCUCUAUUUUUAUUGCAACAAUUUAAUACAUCACAUACAGUACCUUUUUUUUUGUUUAGUUUUUUAUAUUCCAACAGUUUAAUCUUACUCGAAUUUGCUACUGUUCAUGUAUGUGUAUAUUUGAAUGUCUGACUUUACGAACAAUUACUAACAAAAAGCCAUAACUAAUUAAUCAUAAUAAAAAUAAAUAAUAAAACAAAUACUUACAAAGUGUAUCUUAUACUUUGAUAAAAAUAAUGUAGCAAAAGAUGUGAUGAAAAUGUCCACAUUAUAGCUUUGUAUCCAGACAUAUUUUAAUUUAGCAUAUAGCACAGUUUGUACAGGAAAUACAUGCAACAGUGGUGUUAGCACUUGUGCUAGCAUGUGAAGUGUCCUGGCUGCUCCAUUAAUAUAACUGACCGCUGAUGUAGAUAUGUGGUCAAAGACUUUUGUGGCAAAGCUUUUCUAUUCAUGUUUUGUAGUCAGUACAUUUUUGUGUUUAGUUUGUAUUGAGUUUAUGUGCAGUAUAUGUCUGAUGUCGUAAUACAUGAUGUAUUUUGGGCUCAGAGGGUGGAAACUGUUUAAUUUCGGAAAAAGAUGGCUGCUUAAAAGCAUGGCAUAAUAAGCUGCACAACAAGUCUCUGUGUUUGGAAGCUAACAUUAAAUUCUUAUUCGGGCAUGAUCUGUUUUAAUUUGUAUUUUUUGACAGCUGUUAAAAUUUUU